GCGUGCCCCACCCACUUCCCCCCCUCUCUCCGCAUCUCUCCGAGCCUGAUCGGGAGCAGCCUUGUGCUCUUGGCAUCUCGCAACAUUAGCAUCACUCCCCCGCUUUUCUCUUUUAAAGUCCCGCCUCCCUUUUUGUCCUCUCGGGCCCCUCGGAGACCUUGCAUCCCUCCUGCCUCCUUUUCCUACCUCCCGUCGCCUCUACCUCCUGCUUUAUCCCGCGCCCGCCGCGAAUGGAUUUGCCCGCCAGCCAGUGCAAAAAAGUCAAGCUGAGCAACAAAGUGCAGAGCUGGGGGAUGCAGAGAGCUACCAAUGUCACCUAUCAAGCCCACCAUGUUAGCAGAAAUAAGAGAGGUCAGGUGGUAGGGACCAGAAGUGGAUUUCGGGGAUGCACAGUAUGGCUAACAGGACUGUCUGGAGCUGGAAAGACCACUGUUAGUAUGGCACUUGAAGAAUAUCUGGUAUGCCAUGGCAUUCCUUGCUAUACCUUAGAUGGUGACAACAUCAGACAAGGCCUCAAUAAGAAUCUAGGUUUUUCACCAGAAGACAGAGAAGAAAAUGUACGUCGGAUUGCUGAGGUUGCUAAAUUAUUUGCAGAUGCUGGCUUGGUGUGCAUUACUAGCUUUAUUUCUCCUUAUACCCAGGACCGCAACAAUGCAAGACAAAUUCAUGAAGUAGUAAGUCUUCCUUUCUUUGAAGUAUUUGUGGAUGCUCCAUUGUAUGUUUGUGAACAGAGGGAUGCGAAAGGCCUCUAUAAAAAAGCUCGUGCUGGUGAAAUUAAAGGUUUUACUGGCAUUGACUCAGAGUAUGAAAAACCUGAAGCUCCUGAGUUGGUGCUCAAAACAGAUACCUGUGAUGUCAAUGAUUGCGUUCAACAAGUUGUGGAACUUCUACAAGAACGGGAUAUUGUACCAGUGGAUGCCUCUUAUGAAGUGAAAGAACUAUAUGUGCCUGAAAAUAAGCUUAAGCUGGCCAAAACAGAUGCAGAAACAUUGCCAACUCUGGAAAUAAAUAAGGUUGAUAUGCAGUGGGUUCAAGUUCUUGCAGAGGGCUGGGCAACCCCACUUAAUGGCUUUAUGAGAGAAAGAGAAUAUCUUCAGUGCCUUCAUUUUGACUGUCUACUGGAUGGUGGAGUCAUUAAUUUAUCAGUGCCUAUAGUGAUGUCAGUUACAGAGGAAGACAAGGAGAGACUGGAUGGAUGCACAGCUUUUGCUUUGCUAUAUGAUAAUCGGCGCGUGGCUAUUGUUCGCAACCCAGAGUUCUACGAGCAGAGAAAAGAAGAACGUUGUGCCAGACAGUGGGGAACAACAUGCAAAGAGCACCCAUAUAUCAAGAUGGUUAUGGAACAAGGGGAUUGGCUAGUGGGUGGUGAUCUUCAAGUCCUGGAUCGAAUUUAUUGGAAUGAUGGUCUUGACCAGUACCGACUCACACCUGCUGAGUUAAAGCAGAAGUUCAAAGACAUGAAUGCUGAUGCUGUCUUUGCUUUCCAAUUGCGUAACCCUGUGCACAAUGGACAUGCCCUGUUGAUGCAGGAUACUCAUAAGCAGCUUCUGGAUCGAGGUUACAGGCGCCCAGUUCUGCUUUUGCAUCCUCUGGGUGGCUGGACAAAGGAUGAUGAUGUUCCUUUGAUGUGGCGAAUGAAGCAACAUGCAGCAGUGCUAGAGGAAGGAAUAUUGAAUCCAGAAACAACUGUUGUGGCCAUAUUUCCCUCUCCGAUGAUGUAUGCUGGACCAACUGAGGUUCAGUGGCAUUGCAGGGCGAGAAUGGUAGCUGGAGCAAACUUCUAUAUAGUGGGCCGAGAUCCCGCUGGAAUGCCACAUCCAGAGACUGGAAAAGACCUCUAUGAUCCAACCCAUGGUGCCAAAGUCCUGACUAUGGCACCAGGCUUGAUAACAUUGGAAAUUGUACCUUUUAGAGUGGCAGCGUAUAAUAAGAAAAAGAAGUGCAUGGAUUACUACGACUCCCAAUUCCAUGAAGAUUUUGAAUUCAUUUCAGGAACUCGCAUGCGCAAACUGGCUCGAGAAGGUCAAAAUCCUCCUGAAGGUUUCAUGGCUCCUAAAGCAUGGACUGUGCUGACAGAGUAUUACCAAACCUUGGAAAAAGUUUAAGCUGCUCUUAUUAAUUACAGAUCAACUUUGACACUUGAUUUAUUAACAAGACAGGGGACCACCCAGUUAUGCUGCUUUGUUGCAGCUUCCGUCAGAAAACUUUUCCUAAAUAUCUUCCUUAGGAACCAUUCUCUGCUUUUCUUACGUGUUUUAUUACAUAUUGCUAACAAACUGUUUUUUUAAUGUCCUCUUUUAUUUACGUUCUUUUUAUUACAGUAGGAUUUUUUAAAAAAAUCCUUCAUUUUAAUAUUCUAUUUACUCUUCUUUAUUUGAGCUCUCUUUUUGGGGAUGCUAAAACUUAACUUUUUUCCUUUCACUUUCUGUAAUGGAAUUCCAACACUGUGGUUUAUAAUUUAAGGAAUAGUUAUUUCAGUCUGAUUACAUGAGCUAGAAGCAGGUGCUGAAUUUGAUCACCAUAAAGUAGAAUUUAAUGUACUACACUUGUAUCUUUUGGUCUGGACUUUGACGUUCGUCUAUCGAAUCUCCAAAGUAGCUUUGGAUUGGAAAUUACAUGUUGUUUGAUAAAUGUGUGAUUUUUGUUUUUGCCUAGUUUUUUCUUGAUCAUGUAAAAAUUGUGGGAAAUACAACAGGGCAGUCUGAUUAUAUGGAUCAAUAUUAAUUUUGUUUCCUAUGUUUCUGGUGAUUGUAACACUAUUACUGUCUUUUAAGCUUUUGAUUUAAUCUUUUCUGCUCAAUAUAGUGCUUUUUAAAAAGUA